UGUUUUCUCUAGGCACAGACCGGAAGUGUUUCUAUGGGCCGCGUUUCUACGGCGCACAAUCGGAAGUUUCUGCCCUUGGCUUCCCGGUGUUUAGCGAGCGCCAGAAGAGAUCGCAUCCUAGGGACGCCCGUGCGGAGGCAGAGGGGCACUGGCGCUUGACCUCGGUUGUUCCCCCAACACUGGCACUAUGGCUACGGGCGCGGAUGUACGGGACAUUCUAGAACUCGGGGGUCCAGAGGGGGAUGCAGCCUCCGGGACCAUCAGCAAAAAGGACAUUAUCAACCCGGACAAGAAAAAGUCCAAGAAGUCAUCUGAGACACUGACCUUCAAGAGGCCUGAGGGCAUGCACCGGGAGGUCUAUGCACUGCUCUACUCUGACAAGAAAGAUGCACCUCCACUGCUACCCAGUGACACUGGUCAGGGCUACCGCACAGUAAAGGCCAAGUUAGGGUCCAAGAAAGUGCGACCUUGGAAAUGGAUGCCAUUCACCAACCCAGCCCGAAAAGAUGGAGCCAUGUUCUUUCACUGGCGUCGGGCAGCAGAAGAGGGCAAGGACUACCCCUUCGCCAGGUUCAAUAAGGUUGCCCACACUGGAAACUGGGGAAUCAUCCUUGACUCAGCCUUCUCUCUUAGAUGUCAACAACAGGACAAAGAUAAGGGAAGACAUAUCAAAAAUACCGUGCAGGUGCCUGUGUAUUCAGAGCAGGAGUACCAGCUCUACCUCCACGAUGAUGCUUGGACUAAGGCAGAAACUGACCACCUCUUUGACCUCAGCCGCCGCUUCGACCUGCGUUUUGUAGUUAUCCAUGACCGGUAUGACCACCAGCAGUUCAAGAAGCGUUCUAUAGAGGACCUGAAGGAGCGGUACUAUCACAUCUGUGCCAAGCUUGCCAAUGUACGGGCUGUGCCAGGUACAGACCUCAAGAUACCAGUAUUUGAUGCUGGACAUGAGCGGCGGCGGAAGGAACAGCUUGAGCGUCUCUACAACCGAACCCCAGAGCAGGUGGCAGAGGAGGAGUACCUGCUACAGGAGCUGCGCAAGAUCGAGACCCGGAAGAAGGAGCGGGAGAAACGCAGCCAGGACCUGCAAAAGCUGAUCACUGCAGCAGACACAACUGCAGAACAGCGGCGCACAGAACGAAAGGCCCCCAAGAAGAAGCUACCCCAGAAAAAGGAGGCUGAGAAGCCGGCUGUUCCUGAGACGGCAGGCAUCAAGUUUCCAGACUUCAAGUCUGCAGGUGUCACACUGCGGAGCCAGCGGAUGAAGCUGCCCAGCUCUGUGGGUCAGAAGAAGAUCAAGGCCCUGGAACAGAUGCUGCUGGAGCUUGGUGUGGAGCUGAGCCCAACCCCCACCGAGGAACUGGUGCACAUGUUCAAUGAGCUGCGCAGUGACCUAGUGUUGCUCUACGAGCUCAAGCAGGCCUGUGCCAACUGUGAGUAUGAGCUACAGAUGCUGCGGCACCGGCAUGAAGCACUGGCCCGGGCAGGUGUCCUUGGGGGCCCUGCCACACCAGCAACGGGCUCAGUCCUGGCCUCUACUGAGCCAGCAGUGUCUGAACCUGGGCUUGGCCCUGACCCUACCAAGGACACCAUCAUUGACGUCGUGGGUGCACCCCUCACACCUAAUUCGAGGAAGCGACGGGAAUCGGCCUCCAGCUCAUCUUCUGUGAAGAAAGCCAAGAAGCCCUGAGAGGCCACCUGGGGUAUGGGUGGUGCUGUGGUGUAAAUAGAGCUGCUGACUUGGA